CGCCGAAGCGGGGAUGGUAUAAAAGGCGCUGCUUGGAGCGCUGCAGUUCUCUCUCGACUACGGAAUGUCAAGAACGGUUAUGUCAGAAGACGGUGCUGACUACAGAUCUAACGAUCAUGGCUCCCCUGACAGAAUGGAACCAGAAGGAGUCAUUGAGAGUAACUGGACUGAGAUUGUUGAUAACUUUGACGACAUGAACCUACGUGAAAACCUCCUUCGUGGAAUCUAUGCCUAUGGGUUUGAAAAGCCAUCUGCUAUCCAGCAGCGAGCCAUUCUUCCCUGCAUCAGGGAGUAUGAUGUUAUUGCCCAGGCACAAUCCGGGACAGGCAAGACAGCCACAUUUGCCAUUUCUAUCUUGCAGCAGCUCGAUGUGGAACUGAAGGAGACACAGGCCCUGGUCCUGGCCCCGACCAGGGAGUUGGCUCUGCAGAUUCAGAAGGUCAUAGUGGCCCUGGGGGACUACAUGGGAGGCACUUGCUUCUCCUGUAUUGGUGGUACCAGCAUCAGGUCUGACAUGCAGAAGUUUCAGUUGGAAGCACCCCACAUUGUUGUGGGAACCCCAGGCCGUGUGUUCGACAUGAUGAACCGCCAGCACCUUUCUACAAGAUACAUCAAGAUGUUCGUUUUGGAUGAAGCUGAUGAGAUGCUGAGCAGAGGGUUUAAGGACCAAAUCUAUGAAAUCUUUCAAAAACUCAACACCUCCAUUCAGGUUGUAUUGCUAUCUGCUACAAUGCCUUCCGAUGUCCUGGAGGUGACCAAGAAGUUCAUGCGUGAUCCGAUUCGUAUCCUUGUGAAGAAGGAGGAGCUCACACUGGAGGGUAUCAGGCAGUUCUACAUCAACGUGGAGCGCGAGGAAUGGAAGCUGGACACGCUGUGUGAUCUGUAUGAAACUCUCACUAUCACUCAAGCUGUGAUAUUCAUCAACACCAGGAGGAAAGUGGAUUGGCUCACCGAAAAAAUGCUUGCCAGAGAUUUCACUGUUUCUGCAUUGCACGGUGACAUGGACCAAAAGGAGAGAGACCUUAUUAUGCGAGAGUUCCGCUCAGGAUCCAGCCGUGUUCUCAUUACUACUGACUUGCUGGCCCGUGGGAUUGAUGUGCAGCAAGUGUCCCUGGUCAUCAACUAUGAUCUACCUUCAAACCGUGAGAACUAUAUUCACAGAAUUGGCCGUGGAGGCCGUUUUGGGCGCAAAGGUGUGGCCAUUAAUCUAAUCACUGAGGAAGACAGGCGGACCCUUCGUGACAUUGAGUCGUUCUACAACACUACUGUGGAUGAAAUGCCGAUGAAUGUGGCUGACCUGAUCUGAGUUGGUUUUGAGAAGCUGUGAUAGAGGCUGUGAAUGGUGACUGUUUACCUGAAAUCCCAGAUUCUCUCUUUUAAACUGUUGAGUGUCUCCUGGAUGCUCAGAACUGAUCAUUGUGUACAACACUGUUGGUGGUCAGCUUGAAUUUGGAGGCAAUCCUCGUCCUUCCUCCUUGAAAGGUUCAGACUGGUAUGGGGUGGGUAAAGAAAAUACUUAUGGGGCCAUUAAAAUUUCUGGGUAAGUACCAUUUUGGACCCAGUUGUCUCUUAGAUUUAGUAGCAUUAGAUAUCCUCCAUCAUAUAACCAUUUACUUGCGGACCCGGAAGUACCUCCGAUGUCUGAAGUCUGCCAACUACGUGAAGCCAGCUUACUUCAGGAUAAUGUUAUUAGAUUAUGCAGUGUGGGUUAGCAUUAUGAGAGUGUGCACUAAUCAUGGAUGGAAAGUGUACAAAUCUUGCAUUCUGUAUAGUAUUUAUUAAAUGCCGUUCAAUAAAUUUGUAUUUGUUUAUGUGCAGUGUUCUGGGAAUCGUCAAUGAGCACCUGUGUGGAACAGAGUAGGGAUUAGAGUCCGUGGUAUUGGAAUGUGGAGUGGCUGGAGUUACUAUAGCUUGCAACACUUGUGCACAGAGCAUUCUCCAUCUCUGAUGCUGGGCAUGGCUGCACAUCUGUAGCCAUCGAUGCUAGGCUAUCAGUUUGAGGCCAUUUCACCACCAACUUAAUUUUAAAAAGAACAAUUUCACUUGCCUGAGCUAUGGCAAAUUGCUGAGCUCAACUUUGUUGCUAGAGUGGUGUCCUGUGUCUCGUGCUUUGGAUGUUGCACUUUAUAAAUCCAUGUAUUAUUGAACAUUAAAUCUGGUAAACACC